AUGUGUCCUGAUGGAUGGGAGGUGUUCCAGGGACGUUGCUACUACUUUGUGAUUGAGGGCAUGACCUGGCCUCAGGCUCAGUCGAACUGUGCCAUGCUUGAGUCCAUGUUGGUCUCUGUCCACAGCGCUCAGGAGUAUGGUUUCCUCCAGCAGCUCACCAACAAUAAUGAAAAUCAAGAAGCUUGGCUGGGCGGUUUCUAUCUGCAGGACCAGUGGUUAUGGCUUGAUGGUUCCUGGUUCUACAACAACAGCUGGAGCAUGGAGUCCCCAGACAGCAGCAACCCCUGCCUAAUGCUCAGUUCUUAUGAGGCAUGGAGCAAUUCCCCGUGCAACGCUGGUCGCUAUUCUCACAUCUGUGUGAAGAACUCCAAUGUCCCAACAGCAAUGCUGUGUCCUCAAGGCUGGACGGGGUUCCUCGGCCGCUGUUACUACCACAACUACGAAAGUCUGACCUGGUCUGAAGCUGAUGCUACCUGUGCUGGUUUCGAGGCCAGCCUGGUCUCCGUCCACAGCCCCGAGGAGUAUUCCUUCCUCUAUCAGCAAGCUAACGGAGAAGCCUGGCUCGGUGGAUUCUACCUUGAGGACCAGUGGAUGUGGCUCGAUGGUUCCUGGUUUUAUCAGGGAUUUUUUACUGCAAUGUCUCCAGACAGCAUCUACCCAUGCCUUUCAACAUACACCACCGAUGGUUGGAGCAAUUAUGCCUGCGAUGAAAGCUUCCCUUCGUUCUGUGUAAAGAAUGCAGUUGUAUGAAGGAUGCACUUUAAAUCUGCAACCCACACAGGACAGACAGAGUAAUGGAAUAUUUCAGUCAAGUACAAAUUUAACCCAAAUGUAUUAUUACCAAAAUG